UCGGUCACAUUGUCGUGUAUCGAUUCGUAGCUGCGGAAUUUUUCCAAAUAGUUUUGAAAGCGCAAAAAUGCGCACCAACGCGCAGGGAACUAUGUAAAAACAACACCAGGACGAAAGAUACUACCAUGGAGAUACCCAUACAGGUGGCGGUACGAAUUUACCCGCACAGGGAGCUGAAGGGUCUGGUUUCUCCCGUCGGAUGCCCCACACAGGAGAAGGUGGUGGAUAAGGAAGACGCGGAGCACCCCAAGGACACUGGGGAACGGGAAGGUGCAGGCGAUGAACAGCCUCCCCAGAUCGCUGACAAAAAUGGAAAUGCGGAGGAGGACCCCCAAUGCAAGCUGGAGCCAGGGACAGACGCCAAUGGCAAUAACAGUGGGAAUGCUACCGAUUUUCGCGAAUCUGCAUACUGUGUCCAGGCCAUUCCCAUCAGUGCUUCCGCCUUGGGGUUGCCUAGCGCUCUUCCCGGCGGCGAUCCCAUGGACAACAUUGCCGCCGGGCUCAUCCAGGUGGGGCCCCACACUGUGCCCGUCACACACGCCCUGGCCAGUAGCAGCACCCAGGAGCAGGUGUACCACCAGACGGUUUUUCCCCUGAUUGGCCUCUUCCUAGAGGGCUUCGACGCCUCGGUGGUCACAUAUGGCCAAAGCGGUCAGGGCAAGAGCUAUACCUUGUACGGAAACGUAGAGGAAGGUGCUCAGAUGGAGGGAAACGAGGGAGUUGUGCAGCUCUGCGUCCGGGACAUCUUUGCGCACAUCUCCACGCAUCCAGAGAGGACAUACGCCAUCAACGUGGGAUUUGUGGAAAUCUGUAAUGGCGAGGUCUGCGACUUGCUGGGCAUGGGGAAUGUGCAUUGCACCAACGGCGGUGCUGUCUUCCGCUGGCUGCAGGCGGGACUUGCUGCCCGUCAGCCGCGGCCAGCGCACACGCUCUUCACGCUCACAUUGGAGCAGCAGUGGGUGUCCAAGGAGGGACUACUACAGCACCGUCUGUCCACGGCCAGCUUCUGUGAUCUAUGCGGGACGGAACGCAGCGGCGAACCGCCCCCAGGACGUCCUCGCGAUGGAGGCCUGCACAUGCUGGAGCAGGUGGUCAGCACGCUCACCGAUCCCGGACUGAUGUACGGGGUCAAUGGGAACAUUCCGUAUGGCCAGACAACGCUCACCACUCUUCUGAAGGACUCCUUCGGCGGGCGGGCGCAGACGCUGGUUAUUCUGUGCGUGUCUCCGCUGGAAGAACACUUGGCAGAGACGCUGGGUAACCUACAGUUCGCCUUCAAGGUACAGUGCGUGCGCAACUUUGUCAUCAUGAACACCUACUCCGACGACAACACGCUGAUUGUACGACCGCCCGAGCCCCUGCAGGUAGCAAAUUCCGCAGCAGGACCCUUGUCUCAGGCGGGGGCGGGCGACCACUUUGGCCUGCAGUUCGCGGCCAGUCAGUGGUCCAAGUUGGUGACCAACGCCGAGGGACUGUUUGCCAAGUUAAUGGAUUCGAAACUGAUCGGCGAUUUGGAAAAGGAACAGAUCGAAGAGUGGCUAUUCCUCAAGCAGGAGUGUGAGGAGUGCUUAAGUUCAACGGAGGCCAUGCGACAACAGAAGCAGCUGGUGCCCAUCCAGGAGGCCGAGGAGCCGGAAGACGUUAACUCCGAGGCGGCGAACUCGGAGCGCGCCAACUCGGACAACGAAAACGACUCUGACAACGAGUCGCAACGUCCCGAUUUGGCGGACAAGCUGGAAGGUCUCAUGGAGGAGUUUCGGGUCAAGACAGAUGCCCUCAUUCUGGCCAGACACGCGGACUAUUUGACGAAGCAUCCCAAGGCUGUUAUGCACAGCCAAGACCACGACAAUGACCCUCAGCAGCCGGCGGAGAAGGGAGAGGAACGCAAAGCCAGCAUUGGUGGUCGCCGGAGGAGCAUUCAACCAGGUGUCAGCCUAAGUACGGCAGAGCUGGCCAUGCUGAAUCGCGUCGCCUCGCAGCAGCCCCCACCAGCCCACAACGAGACUGUCGUCGAUCCCCUGGAGAGCUCCUCGGGCGAAGGACUGCGCCAGGCUGCCUUGGCCGCCGCGGCCGCAAACGCCCCCAUUGAGCAGCUGCAGAAAAAGCUACGCAAGCUGGCUGCCGAGAUCGAGGGUAGGCAGCGGCAGCUGCGGGAGAUUGAACAAACGAUUCAGGUGAAGCGGAACAUCAUCGCCGAGCUGGUGAAGAACAGCGACACGCGCAGCCAUGCCAAGCAGCGGUUCAGCAAGAAGCGGGGCAAGCUGGAGGCCGAGUGCGACAAGGCUAAGAAGCAGCUGGGCAAGGCUCUGGUGCAGGGCAGAGAACAGGCGGAUAUCGAGCGCUGGACCGCCAUCAUAGCGCACCUUGAGCGCCGGCUGGAGGACCUCAACUCCAUAAAGCACAUCGCCGGCGAAAGUGGCCAAAAGGUGAAGAAGCUGCAGCAAUCGGUCGCAGAGUCGCGCAAGCAGGCCGACGACCUGGAGAAGAAACUGCGCAAGGAGGGCAAGUUGCGCGAUCAGCUAGAGUUGGAACUGGCCAAAUUGCGGGAAUCUCAGGACGCCGGAAAAGCGCUGGUCAAGCCCCAGCCGGACUGCCCCGAGCAGCAAGGUCGGCAGCUGAAGGCAGUGCAGGCUAGGAUCACGCACCUGAACCACAUUCUCCGCGAGAAAUCGGACAACCUGGAGGAGCAACCAGGACCCGUGCAGCAGGAGAGCCUCCGCCACGAGAUUCGCAACCUGCGCAGCACUCGGGACUUGUUGCUGGAAGAGCGCUGCUACCUGGACAGCAAGCUUAAGCGCGACAAGGUGCUCACCCAGAAGGAGGAGCGCAAACUGCUCGAGUGCGACGAGGCCAUAGAGGCCAUUGAUGCAGCCAUUGAGUUCAAGAACGAGCUGAUCACGGGACACCGCUCCAUCGACACCAGUGAUCGAGUGCAGCGGGAGAAGGGGGAGCAGAUGCUAAUGGCCCGCCUUAAUCGUCUUUCCGCAGAUGAGAUGCGUACGUUGCUGUACAAAUACUUCACCAAGGUGAUCGAUCUGCGCGACUCGUCAAGGAAGCUGGAACUGCAGCUGGUGCAGCUGGAGCGGGAGCGCGACGCUUGGGAGUGGAAGGAGCGUGUUCUGUCCAACGCCGUGCGUCAGGCGCGACUUGAGGGCGAGCGGAAUGCCGUACUCCUUCAGAGGCAGCACGAGAUGAAGCUUACCCUAAUGCUGCGACACAUGGCCGAGGAGACGUCCGCCAGCUCGGCCAGCUACGGAGAGCGGGCAUUGGCCCCGGCUAGUGCGUCCACGCCAGCACAGGCAAGCAGCGACUUUGACUACGAGUUGGACUUUUACAAGGCAGCAGGCAACAGUCAUGGCAAGGCGCUGGUCAAGGCGCCCAAGCCGCUACCCACCGGUUCGGCGCUAGACAAGUUCAAGGACAAGGAACAGCGGAGCGGACGCAACAUUUUUGCCAAGUUCCAGGUGCUUACCAGGUACGCAGCGGCCGCUGCGGCUGGUUCCUCCGGUUCCACGGCUGAAGAGUCUACGGCUUUGAUUGAAUCAAGCACCACGACAACGGCCACAACCACAACGGCAACCACUACAGGGGCGGUGGGAAAGAUCAAGGACAAGGCUUUGGUAAGCUUCAGGCCGGAGCAGCUGAAGCGUCUGAUGCCGCCGCCAUCGGCCACAAAAGUGACGCGUCAGAAGAACAAGAUCAUUAUCCAGGACGCAAGCCGUCGUAAUUAAACACGAAUUUAAUCAUUUCCAGGAAUCAGCGAUAGGUUUAUGCAUUUAUUGAGCCCUAGCCACUGGAAUAGCACGCGACUUUUUCUAGAUUCUAGUUAUUUUUGGUGUAAACUAUAGUAAUCAUGGGGUACUUAAUUUGAGUUUUGUUUUAGAAUUGAAGAUGCUUAAAUUUAUGUUUUACAGCCCAAAGUGAAGUCUAUUAUUAUUUGUAUGUCGUACAUGUUAUUUGAGGGGUUAUGGCUCGAUACCUUUAUGUCAAGAAUACUCAUAGAUUGGACGUUAGGUCCAGACGAACUUCCUAGCCCGGGCUGGGAUUUCGGGAACACUUUUCGUCCACAGUCAUGAUAUAAAUAGACUCGACACGGUUUUAACACAGACUCCUGAUCUGGAUAGCAUUUAUUUUACUUACAAACCUCUAUACAGACAUGAAGUAACUAACUAUCCGUAUUUAACUGUUUAAGACUUGACCUGCUACUUAAGAUACUCGCAAGAUAAGCCAUUGAGAACCGAUAGUAGAAAGCGAUUAUUGGACUGGAAUCUCUUAAAUGUACAUAAGCAAAAAUCGUUAGUUUAUCACUUAAUUUUAAAUAUUUUCGUUAGGUUUUAGGUUAAGUUGUAAACACUUUUGUGUCUUCCCUCAAAUCUGACUUGACUCUUGUUGCUACCCAAAAUACUCGUAAUCGUUUAUCCAAGUGUCAACUACCAGCAACUCAACCCAAUGCAUUUAAAUAAACAUACUCAUACUCGUGCUAAGCGGUAAUGCUCAUAGUUCACCUAAAGUAAUCAAAAGUUGAACUCUUUUUGGUUGUGCUUAAUUUUGUAUUAUCAUUUAACAUAACUACAACUAUUAAAAUAACAUAAUCUUGUGGGAAAUGUUUUUAACGAAAUGCAAACCCAGGGUUCUAACAAAAAAGAUUGGCGAAAUAGCUUUUAAGCGGAAAGCGUUGAAUGAACAAAUAAAUACAUAUA